AUGGCGCCGAAGAGGAAGCGCGAAAAAGUGGCAAAUGUGCCGCUCUCGGACGCUUCAAAACCAGCCCCAACGAGCACUCCUCGAAACACCAAGAAAGCAAGGCUGUCAAAGGCAGCCGUGUCCGAAGUCAAGACCACCAGGCCAGCGAGGAAUUCCGGAAGCGCAAAAUCACCUCGAAGUGUGCCGGGUCCGGUGUUAGUCGAGCAGCCAUGCCACUUGCUCCAACUUCCAGCAGAGUUGAGAAACCUGAUCUACUCCAAAGUCCUCGAAGACUUUCCAGCCUACUUACACCCACACAACAACGGUCGCUUAGUCUGCGCCUCGCGCCUUCUCGGCGCAAAUCACCAGAUCCGGAGAGAACUCCUCUCGGAACUCUACCUGACAGCACCAAUCUACGCCCAAGUCUACGAUUGGAACUUCAACCACAUCGUCUCCUUCCUCAACAAACUCUCCACCUCCGAAUUCAAAAGCUUGCCCAGGAAAAUCUACCACCACCAAAACCCUGCAAAAGUCGUGGGCAGAGAAAUGAACGUCGAACUCGUCCUGAGCACAUUGUCUCGAGACGAAUAUGCUUUCUUACGUUCUACUGCUUUGGACCGCGCUCCGGAUCUCGAGAAAUGGAUUCGAAGGAUGGUGAAGAAGGAUAAGAGGAGGUUGCCCACUGGUGUUAGGUAUAAGGUGACUUGUACUAAUGCUGAUCGGUUCCUGAAUCUUGUAACGCUGAGGUGUUGGGAGAGUUAUUUGGGAGAUUUGAGGACGACGUUGUAUGAGAAUGCGAGUCGCGGGAGGCAGGAGAUUACGGCUCUGAGGGUGGCGGUUCUGGAGGAGAACAGGUCGAUUUUGACGAGGAUUCUGGAUUCUUUUCAGAAUGGAAGGUGA